GAAGAGAAAACACUGGAAGUUUUUUUCACGAGAAGAAUCAUGGAUAAAAGGGAUGACUCUGUAUAUUGCUUCGGCAAUUGUAAAAGAAGAAGGGUUGAUGUUGAUUCUGACGAGGAGCGUAUCGCAGAAAAGCAAAAAAUAGACAUCAGUGAACUGCUCAAGGAUCCUAUAGUUAAGUCUCUUGGCUUGACCCUAACGAUAACGACCUCUUUCAUAGACGCUAUAGAAAAAACACUUUCUUCUGAGGAUUCAGAAGCUAAGAAAGAGGAUAGCAUGAAUUCAGAUACAAGGAGGAAUUCAGACAUUAGGAGGGAUGCUGCUGCAUCAGUUGAGGCUAACGUUGAUGUUCGAGUUGAGGCUGACGACCGGAGGGCCUCCAGUUUUUGGAUAUCCUCACUAACAAUUGGCUCAUGGCAGAGCAUCGCAAAAAAUAAUGGAGAUUUAGUGGGGAAAAUCUAUUUUCGACAUAAGAAAUUGGUUUGGGAGAUCUUGGAUCAGAUCUCAAGGUUGAAGAAGAGGAUUUUAAUGGACUUAUCCAACAUUGUUGCUUUAAGAGCAGAUUUUUCCCAAGAACUAACAUCAACUCUAGAAAUUAUGCUUUCUCGGGCACCUCAGUUUUAUGAAGAAAGAACUCCAAUUCCUGGAAAACAUACUUCAUGGCAGGAUAUCACCGAUUUCACUGAUGGCCAGGCAUCGAAUGACUGGAGACAUUUUGUGAAGCUUCCUUCCGAAUUUUAGAAGUACUAUAUGAGGCUUUUACAUUAUGA